AUGACCCUACAAAUAAGGCUAUUUGCAUCCGUGAUUGCAGAAACCACCGUUCCUGAUUUCCCUGGACGGAUUUCUUGGAAAAGCGCCCUCUGCCUUAAGAAGAUUGUAACGAAGUUUGAGGAAAUGGAUCUUGUGGAGAAGGUGUACAAUACCCAAUUCCGAUAUAUAGUCUUUGCGCCAGUGUUGCAGUUCUCAGGAACUAUUGAGGAUUAUGAUGAUGAAGAGGAGGGAAGUGAACCUGAGGAUGAACAUGAAGAACCUACUUCCAAACCAAACACCCGGAAGAGAAAGGCUGCGCUUAAUCUCAAAGAAGCAGUAAACCUGAAGAGGAAGCUUGCUUAUGAAUCUAGUCCUGCCAACAUUCCUAGCCCCCCAUCCGCUACUACUCCUGGAUUACCUCCAACAUCUUCUGUUGGAUGUAAAUGUGAAGAGCUGAAAGAGGAGGUAAAAGCGCUGAAGGAGGAGCUCAUCAAAGAGGUGAAGGAGGAGCUCAAAGAGAUGAAAACAGCUUACGAAGAAACUCAAACAAAUCACAAGGCUUAUAUGAAAAAGUUGGUUGUUAGUAUGUGCGAACAGUUAUUAGCCAAAUCCAACCAAAGGAUGGCCACUUUAAUUGUGAAAUUAGAUAGUAUGGAGGAGGAGAGGAAGAAGAAGAAGAAGAAGAGCAAAUUGGAAAAGAAGGCCAAGACUGAGGAUAGGAAGGCGGAGGAUAGUGUGAUGAAGGUGGACGAGACUGAGAAUAGUAAUGAGAAGGUGGAUGGUGGGGAGAUUGAGAAGGUUGAGAAGGUGGAGAAAGUUGAGAUUCAGACUGAUGUAAAGGUGGAUGGUGGUGAGACUGAGAAUGAUGUGAAGGUGGAUGGUGGUGAGACUGAGAAUGAUGUAAAGGUGGAUGGUGGGGAGAUUGAGAAGGUUGAGAAGGUGGAGAAGGUUGAGAUUCAGACUGAUGUAAAGGUGGAUGGUGGGGAGAUGUUGCUCUACGAUAUGAUGCAAGAAAUAAUUGACAAAAAGAAGGAUAAGGUCAAGGUUGAGAAGAAUUGGUUGAAAGAUGAAGCUACCAAUGAUGAGACAAAGACUGUGUUUACUUGCGAAGCACGAAAGAAGUUGUUUGUUAGAGUUCUAACAAAGUCCACAUGGCUUAAAGAUUCUGAAAUCGACGCAGUCUGCCACUUGUUGCGCAAAAGGAUUGAGCAAUAUCCCAAGACAUAUAAACAUUGCAAAGUAUCAAUAGGGGAUUGCUUAUUAGCAGAUAUGAUGAGGCGAGAGUACCCGAACUAUAAAAAAGAUCCUGACAAAUUUCCAAUAUCAGACGUAUUUUCUCAGUACUUCUGGGGAGCGCCUCAUAGACAUAUGCCAGAAUGGCCAGUAGUAGACGAUAUUUACGUGCCUUUGAACAUUGGCAACAAGCAUUGGGUACUGUGCGUCGUUCGUGUACAAGAUAAUCACAUUGACGUUUAUGACUGCGACUCGAGUAUUUAUAGGAAUCUCGAUCCAUACAUGAGACCUUUGUGUGAGAUGUUCCCACGAAUAUAUGCAAUGGGAGCCAGUGAUGCUGAGCUAAAACGGUAUCCUAAUUUCAAUUUCCAGAAACUGACAUAUAAAAGGUUGCCACACCCAGCCAAAAAUGCAGUCGCCAAAUAUGGGGAAGUACCUAGAGCAGAUGAAAGUGGGGAUUGUGGUGUAUUUAUGCUUAUGCACAUGGAAUACUUGACUGCUGGUUUAGGUGUGGAGAAUGUGACUUCCAAUGAAAUGGAGUUUUUUCGACAAAAGAUGGCGGUCCGGUUAUUUCAUCAAAUUACAGAGCCUUAG